AUGGAGGGCUACCACGGCGCCGAGUGCGACAGGGCCUCCGAGACCUCGUCCGUCCUAGAGGAUGAAGAGGAGGAGGAGGAGGAGGAGGAGGAAGAGGAGGAAGCUGUAGAUCCCGAGGAAGCAGAGGAGCUGGCUAACAGUUUAAAGGCUCUUAUCCAGAACGAAGAUGUGAAACCCAAGCUGCAGUACAUCAUGAAUAACCCUUCCUUUUCUAUGGUAACAGUUCAAAGUGAAGAUAGUGGAAUAACCUGGGAAACCAGCUCAAGCAGAUGUUCUACUCCCUGGACCUCAGAAACUAGUACAACUUCUGAUCUUUAUAGUAUGGAAAGUUCACCAGUAGGUUCUCCUCCAGGAAAAGUUAUUUUUAUUAUGGAUGAAGGUAAGAUUAUUCGGAAAAGGAAGCGUAAACCUUCAAGUAGGGCGAUGAUGCCUACAAAUCUGAAGGGAGGCCAGGGCAAUAAAAAACGUGACUUUACUGGAAUGCAGAGGCAAGAAACAAGAACUGUUCUAGCAGAUGUGCAGGGCUCAGUGUUAAAUGUUGAGCAAAUGGAAGCACAAGAUACAGAUGAGGAAAUGUUAGAAGACAGAGAAGAUCUGGAAAACAUUGCAGAAGAACCAGUAAAACGUGCUCCAAUAAGAUCAAUUUUUCGAGAAAGCAAACUGAGAAAAGUAGGGCCAAUCCUUGGAGGACCAGUAAAAGCUAGAAUCCAGCUGUUCAAUUCAAUUUUUGGAGGAACUGGGCCCUUCCCUGAAACACUAGAAAAAACUAGAAUCCAGAGAUCUAGUUCAAUUUCAGGAGAAUCUGAACAUUUUCCUGAAACAUCAGUAAGAGAAAGAUCACAGAAGUUCACUUCAUUUCCAGAAGGAACACAUCCAAAACCUUUUCAGAAAGCAAGAAGUAGAAAUCUUGAAACACCAUCAGAGAGAAGAAGAGAGCAAAGACGGCAGCUCGCAUCACAAACAGAUCAAAGCUAUUCGUCACCUACAGUGCCUCUUGAGAAACGGCUUCUUAAUAAAGAUGACGUUUCAUCUCAAAAUAUUAAACCUGUUCAGACGAAAGAUAAACCUAGCACAUUUUCAAACUCUGGUGCAGAAAUAACUCUUCAGUGUGAAGAAAGAAAAGAAAGGCAAUCUCUAUCUGAGACUCCAGGUCAGGUAUUGGGACGGUCACUGGAGUCCUGCCUUCCUGAAGAGGCAAUGAAGCAGCGAAGUUAUGCACACUCACCUGUGGCCAAAAGAGCAAUAACACAGCAGUCAGCGUCUGUUCCACUAGAUUCUGGUGAUAAACCAGAGAAAAAAAUGUCACUUCUUUCAGCUGAGACUCCAAACCAGAAACCAGACCGAUCACUGCUGACUGCGCCUGGUCUUCUGGAUGAACUGAAGGAGCAGGAAAUUCAGCCACAGUCUGUUCCAGCAGAUUCUAUUAAUGAAUUAGACAGACAAGCUCCCCAAACUGUUUUCCCUAUGUCUACAGCACCUCUGUCAGAACAUCCUGAGAAAGAAGUGCAGAAGUCAGCAAUUCAGUCUUACUUACCGAGUGCUCCAUCAGCUGAAUCCAAAUAUUCCACUCCAUCAGAAACAAGACAGGAGGAUGUGAUUCUGCAUCCAUCUAAAACUGCACAGUCAGAACCUGAACAUGUGUUUUUAUCACAUUCUGUAGAUGAAGCAGAGAAGCAAGAAACUGAGUGUCACUCGUCAGCAACUGCGCAGUCAGAAACUGAGCAUUCAGCUUUACUGUAUUCUGUUAAAAAAACAGAGAAACAAAAGACCCCAGUACCAGAUCCCCCAAAAGUUCAUUUAGAGAAGCAAAGUAUUCAGACUCAUUCUGUAACUACUCAGCCAGAGUCUGAAAAACAAGACUUUCCCCCCUUCAUUCAGGAAGUAGAGGAGCAAGAAAUUAAACCGUAUUUACAUAUUCCUGAAAAAAUAGAAUCUAAGUAUUUUGGCAUUUCAUAUCCAGUUCACACAGAAACACAGGAAACUCAGAAAUCUUCACCUGUAAAUACAGCAGUAGAUUUGGAUCACCCCAUUAUUUCCACUGAAAAAAGCAAGCAAACAGAGAGUACGCAACUGGAAAUGGAACAUGCAGAUUUCUCAUAUACCAAUGAAGUAACUGAGGAAUCAGAAAGAGCACAGAUGGAGACAGAGUAUCCAGAUGUCUCCUUUUCCAGAGAAGAAACAGAGGACUUGGAGAGUGCACAGCCGGAGACGGAGCGUCCAGAUUUCUCGUAUUCCAGGGAGAAGACGGAGGACUUGGAGAGUGCACAGCCGGAGACGGAGCAUCCAGAUUUCUCAUAUUCCACAGAAGAAAUGAUGGAAUUGGAAACUGCGCAGCUGGACACGGAGCGUCCAGAUUUCUUGUAUUCCAGGAAAGAAACAGUGGAAUCAGAGGGUGCACAGCUGGACACAGACCAUCCAGAUUUCUCGUAUUCCAGGGAAGAAACGGUGGCAUCAGAGGGUGCACAGCCAGAGAUGGAGCAUCUAGAUUCUUCAUAUUCCAGAGAAGAAAGAGAGGAGUUGGAGAGUGCACAACUGGGGACAGAGCAUCUGGACUUCUCCUUUUCAAGGAAGGAAACAGAGGAAUCGCAGAGUGCACCACUGGGGAUGGAGCAUGCAGACUUCUCGCAUUCCAGGGAAGAAAUGGUGGCAUCAGAGGGGGCACAGCUGCACACAGAGCAUCCAGAUUUCUCAUAUACAGGGAAAGAAACAGAAGAAACGCAGAGUGCUCCACUGGAGAAGAAGCAUCCAGCUUUUUCAUAUUCCAGGAAAGAAAUAGUGGCAUCAGAGGGGGCACAGCUGGACACGGAGCAUCCAGACUUUUCUGUUCCCAGGGAAAAAAGAGAAGAAUUGCAGAGUGCACCGCUGGGGAAAGAGCAUCCAGAUUUCCUGCAUUCCAAGGAAGAAAUGGUAGAAUCAGAGAGUGCACAGCUGCACAUGGAGCAUCCAGAUUUCUCAUAUGUGAGAGAAGCAAUGGUGGAAUCACAGGGUGCACAGCUGGAGACAGUGUGUCCAGGUUUCUCAUCUUCCAGAGAAGAAAUAGGGGAAUCAGAGGGUGUGCAGCUGGAGAUAGUAUGUCCAGAUUUCUCAUAUUCCAGGAAAGAAACACUGGAAUUGGAAACUGCGCAGCUGGACACGGAGCGUCCAGAUUUCUUGUAUUCCAGGAAAGAAACAGUGGAAUCAGAGGGUGCACAGCUGGACACGGAGCAUCCAUAUUUCUCAUAUUCCAAGGAAGAAAUGGUAGAAUCAGAGGGUGGACAGCUGGAAAAGGAGCAUCCAGAUUCUUCAUAUUCCAGAGAAGAAAGAGAAGAUUUGGAGAGUGCACCACUGGGGAUGGAGCACACAGACUUCUUGUAUUCCAGGGAAGAAAUGGUGCCAUCAGAGGGUGCACAGCUGGACACAGAGCAUCGAAAUUUCUCACAUCCCAGGGAAGAAAUAGUGGAAUUGGUGAGUGCACAGCUGGACAUGGAGCAUCCAGCUUUCUCAUAUUCCAGGGAAGAAACAGAGGAAUCGGACAGUGCACAGCUAGAGAAGGAGCAUCCAGAUUUCUCAUAUUCCAGGGAAGAAAUGUUGGAAUCGAGGAAUAUACAGGUGGAAACCAAGCAUCUGGAACUCUGUUUCUCCAGGGAAGAAACAGGAAAACAGAAGUCUAUUCCUUUGGAAUUGGAACACCCAAAGUUCUCUUAUUCUCACAGAGAAGCUGAGCAACAAGAAAUGGCACAGCUCAUGUUGAAUCCUUCAGAUUUAUCAUGUUCAAUGGAAGAAGGUGAGAAAGAAAACAGUACAGAACUUGAAUUGGUGUAUGCAUCUGAUGUAUCUGAUUCCACUGGAAGAGCUGAGACACAGCAAACGGAGUACCUGCAAUCAGAACAUUCAGAUUUACCAUAUCGUACAAAUAAAAGAAAGCAGCAACAAAUGGCCGAAGUAGAUUUGGACAAUCCUUGUUUGUCGUAUUUUGGUGUCAAAGUAGAAGUGCAGCAGGAUUCACAGCAGAGAGAUAAGCUGUAUUCCCUUGACAAAGCAGGGGAAGGACAAACUACUCAACUGCAGUCAGAGCAUGCAGUUUUAUCAUAUUCUCCUGUGAAAGAAAGGCAACAUAAAACUUCACAGCUGAAUUUGCAACAAACAGAUGCAUCAUAUUCCACAGGCAAAACAGAACAAGAAAUGUUACAACCAAAGUUAGAACAAGCAGAUUCACCAUAUUCCUGUGGAGAAGCAACACAAGAAGCUGUACAAAAAGAUUUAGAAGGUCCUGGACUGUCAUGCUUCAUUAGCAAAGCAGAGCAACAUGAAAAUGUACCAUUAGCUUCAGAAAAUCUUGAUUUCUCAUUUACUACUGGAGAAGCAAUGCAAGAAGGAAUGGAGUCGGGAUCUUCAGACCCCUCAUGUCCUACUGACAAAGCAAAGCCCCGGGAAGAGGCACCAUCAGAGCAGAAGCAUUCACUUCCCUUCUACUCCAUUGCUGACAGUCAGCAACAAGAAAGUACACCACUGGAUUUGGCACAGCCAGAUACACUGUACUCCUUUGGCAAAAUGGAACAACGAGAAGUAGUACGACGAGAGUUGGAACAACAGGAAACAACCCAACAAAAAGCUACAGAAAUGGAACUGGAGCAUUCAGAUUUGUCAGAAACCUGUGGGAAAGCAGAGCCACAGGAAAUGCAACAAACGGAUUUGGCCCAGUCAGACCACUCAUAUUACUGUGACAAAGAAGGACAGCAAGAAAUGGCUCAACCAGAGUUAGCACAUCUGCCUUUGUCAUAUUCUUGUGGGGAACACGUGCAAGGAGAAGAAAUAGAAAUGGAGCCAGCAUAUCCAGAAUGGGCAUUUUCCAUAAGUACAGAAAUGCAGCAGGAAAUGAUAGAACAGAAAUCAAAGCAACCGGAUUUUUCACGCUCUGCUGGCAAAAUAGAGCAACAAGAAAUAAUACCUCCAGAGCUGGAGCAAACAUUUUUGCCAUCUUCCACUGAAAGAACAGCACCACAGGAAAUAGAAAUGAGGUCAGACUAUCCAGAUUUGUCAUAUUCAUUUGACAAAGCAGAACAGCAGGAGACGUUGAAACAUCCAACUUUACCAUUUAGCUCAAAGCAACGAGAAACUGAACCUUUGGCAAUAGAACAUCCAGAUAUUUCACCUGAAAUCAGUGAAACAAAACCAGGAGACACUGUACAGAGGGAGUCAGAACACCCAGAGCUGGCAUAUUCCAUAGGAAAAUCACAACAAGAAUCAGAAUAUUUAGGUUCAUUAGAAACCCUGGUUGAAGCAGCACAAGAUGAAACUAUGCAAGUGGAAUCUAAAUAUCCAAAUUUGCCGUGUUCUGUUGGUCAAAAAGACCAACAAGAAACUUCACAAUUAGGUGCCAAAUAUCCAGAUUUAUCAUGUUUCUUGGGUAGUGCCAAAGAACGAGCAACUCUAGAGUGUGAGUCAAAACAUCAAGACUUGCCUAAAGUGACCAGAAAAAGCGUUCCACCAGCAACUGCAAAAAUAGAAUCAAAAUAUCCAGAUUUGGCAUAUUCCCUUGGCAAAGCAGAAGAACCAGAAAUUGCACCAUGGGAAAUGAAAUGCCCUGAUUUGUCACAUUCCACUGAUGAAAGAAACCAACAAGAAAUAGUACCGUUGGAUCAGAAACAUAGCAAAUUUUCUAUUGACAAAGGAACACAGCAGCAAAACACAAAACAGCAGUUAGAGCAAACGACGUUUUCAUAUUCUGCUGGCAGAACAGAGCAAUUAAAACAUGCCCAACAGGACUUGGAACAAACAGAUUUAUCACUUCCCAUUGACAAGCCAAACUACGAAAUGGCCCAGCCAGAAAUGGAACAUGUUGAUGUGAUAUAUCCUCUUGACAAAACAGAGGUGCAACAAAGAGUACAACUAGAAUUAGAGCAAACAGGUUUAACUUACUCCUUUGGAAAAACAGAACAGAAAACAGUGCAGCCAGAAAUGGAACAUCCUGAUUUGGCAGGUUCUGUGGGUGUAGUAGAACAAGAGGACGUGGCACAGACAGAGCUGGGACAUCCUGAUAUGUCUUACCCUCUUUUCGAAACAGGAGAACUGCAAACUGCACAGUUGAAACCCAAACACCCAGGUCUAGCAUAUUUUACUGACAAAGUGCAGGAAACUGCAGAGCUGAGGGUGGCACAACCAGAUGCAUCAUAUGCCCAUGACAAAACAGAACAGUGCCCGCCCGCCCAUCUGGAACUGGGCCAUGCAGACUUGUCAUCCUCUGCUGACAAAGCAGGACAGCCAGGGAUGGCGCACAGAGCCUUGGGGCACCCUGAUGCAAGGUACUCUGUCAGUAGAGCAGAACAUCCACAAGCUGCAAUACUAGGAGGUCCAGAUGUUUCAUCUCAUAGUGAAAAAGCAGAGCAAAAAGGAAUGUCAAAACUAGAGUCAAAACAUCCUGAUUUGUCAUAUUCCUUUGAUAAAACACAGCCACAAGAAACUACACAACUGGGGUUAGGAAAACCAGAUCUCUCAUCUUUGCCUGGCAAAGCAGAGCAACCACAUACUGCUCAGGAGGACCUGGAGCAAUCGGGCUUCGUGCAUUCUUUCAACAAAGCCAGACAACGAGAGAAAGCCCAGCCAGAACUGGAACAUCCACAGUUAUCUUAUUCUGUUCAUGAAGCAGAACAAGAAACUGCACAUGAAAAAUCAAACCAUUCAGAUUUAUCGUAUGCUGUUGGCAGAUUAGAGCACCAUGAGAUCAUACAAACAGAGGCAGAACAAAUGGAUUUAUCACGGCCAAUUGGCAAAACGCAGCAACCACAAAUUGCUCAGCUGGAUUUGGAAUAUCCAGAUUUAUCAUAUUCCAUUGUCACAGUACAGCAACAGAAAAAGGUUCAACCAGAACUGGAACAGCCAGGUGAUUUUUCGUCAUCUCAUGGCAAAGAAGAACAAAGAGAAAGUGCAAGAAUGCAGUCAGAUCAGCCUGAGUUGCAGCGCUCCAUUGGGGAAAUAGAAGGCUUGCAAACUUCACAAGUGAAAUCAGAAUCUGCAGACUUGUCAUUUUCUAUUGACACAGUAGGACCUCAUGAAAUAGCACAAUCAGAGUUGAAAGAAUAUGAUUUGUUGCAUUCUUUUGUCAAAACAAAGGGAUCACAGGCUGUCCCACUGGAGUCUGAAUAUCCAGACGUCUCAAAUUCCUUGGGCAAAGUAGAGCCUCCUGAUUUGUCCUCUUCCAUUAGUAAAGAAAAGCAAACUGCACAACUGGAGUUCAAACAACAAGAAAGAGGAAAUUACAAAUUACACCCAGAGCAAGCAAUGUUAUCACGCUCCCGUGGCAAAGCAGAGCAGCCCAGAAGUGCCCAAAUGGAAGUGGAAGUCCAGGAAUUCUUGUAUUCCUCUGGCAGAACAGAGCAACAAGAAAUGGUAAAACAGAUGUUGGAGCAUCCCAAUUUAUCAUAUUCCACUGAUAAAACACAGCAAGAAGAAACUACACAACUGGAGUUAGGACAACCGGAUUUAUCAUCUUACCUUGGCAAAACAGAGCAACCACAAACUGCUCAAGUGGAAGCAGAACAUCUGGACUUGCUACAUUUCACUAGCAAAACAAAACAGCAAGGAGUGGCACAACCAGAAUUUGAACAUCCUGGUUUGCUGCAUUCCACUGGCAAAGUAGAGCAGCCACAGGCUCUGCAGCUGAAAUCAGGACAGCCUGUAACACCACAUCCCAUUGAAAAAACAGAGCAACAAGGAAUGGCACAUCCAGAGUGGGAACUUCCUGAUUUAUCAUAUUCCAUUAGCAAAACACAGCCAGAAGAAACUACACAACUGGAAUUAGGACAACCAGAUUUAUCCUAUGCCCUUGCUAAGACAGGUGAAAUACAAACUGUGCGAGGGGAAUUGGAACAUUCGUUGUAUUCUUCUGACAAAACAGAACAAGAAAGGGUAUUACCGGAGUUGGGACAUCCACAGCUAUCUUAUUUUGUUAGUGAAGUAGAACAGGAAGCUGGCCAUCAGAAAUCAAAUUGUCAAGAUUUGUCAUAUUCUCUUGGCAGAUUGGAGCACCAUGAAAUCGUACAACUGGAGGUGGAAGAAAUGGAUUUAUCGUAUCCAGCUAGUGAAUCAGAGCAUUCACAACCUGCCCAAGUAGUACUGGAACAACCAGAGUUUUUGGAGGCUUUUGGCAAUCUAGAGGAAAAGAAAAUGGCCCAUCCUGGCUUUUUGCAUUCCCUUGGUGAAGAAAAGCAGAAACAGGCACAGGUGGGCUUGGAGCAACCAGGUUUAUUAUGUUCCCUUGACAAAGCAGAACAACAGGCAAGUGCACAAACAGCGUUCAUGCAUUCCGAUGUUUCAUAUUCCAUGGGGAAAGCAGAACAAUUGCAAACUGAACAACCAAAAUCAAAAUGUGCAGAUUUGUCAUAUUCUCUUGACAAAGUAGAGACUCAUGGAAAGAAACAACCAGAGUUAUUGUAUUCCAACGGUGAAACAGAGCAGCCACAGAUUGCUCAGCUGGAGUUGGAGCAUACAGAGACAUCAUUCUUUGCAGGAGAAAUGGAGCGGAGGGAGGGUGCCCAACCCAAACUGCAAUAUGUUAAUUUGCAGUACUCUGUUAGUGAAACAGAGCAACCAGAAACGCCUUCUGUAUCAUGUGCCUUUGGCAGGACUGAGGAGCAGGAAACUGCACAAGUGGAGCUUGAACAAUCAGAUUUAUCAAGUUCUACUGACAAAGUAGAACAGCGUGAAACUGCCCCGCUGAGAGCAGGAUGUUCAGAGAAGCAAGACUCUGAGAUUACUUCAUCUCUAACUACUCAGUUGGAAACUGAACAACAAGAUUUAUCCUUUCCUGCUGAGGAAGCAGAGAGUCAAAAAAUUCAACCUUAUUCAUCUCUUCCUGAACAAUCAGUGUCUGUACCUUUAGGUGUCUCACACUCUGUUUCUGAAACAAAAAUGGGAGGAAGUCAGAAGUCUUCACCUGCAACUGCAGGCCUGUCUCCUGAGCACUCAGAUUUGUCUUACACCCCCUGUAAAACACAGCAGUCAGAAAUGAUACAACCUGAGUCAGGUUUCUUUUUUGCAAGGGAUACAAAAAUUGAUCUACAUUCACCUGUGGCUGUACAGUCAGAGACUGAACAUGCAAUUUUACCUGAGACAGGGAGAGAGCAACCUCCACAUUUCUUUCACGCAACUACACAAUUAGAAUCUGAACAAUUAAAUCUAUUAUAUCCUAUAGAUAAAGCAGAAGCCCUAGAAAGUCAAGAUUAUUUAACUGUACCUUCAAAACUGGAGUCCGAACCCUCAGUUACAUUUUAUUCAGUUGAUGAAACAUAUCAGCAAGAAAUUCCAUCUUAUUCAAAACCUGCCUCUGAAUAUUUGGUUCCUACAUACUCCCUUGCUGAAGAAGAAAAGCAAAGCAUGCAGCCAUAUAUUCCCCAAACAGCACAAUCAGAGUGUAAACAUAUAAUUACACCAAAUGAUGAAACAGAACCGCAACAAAUUCAGCUAUAUUCAUCUAAAACAGCAAGAUCGAAGACUGCACUGUCAGAGAGUAUGUGUCUAAUGCACACACCAGACCAAGGCAAGCAAGGAUCUCAAGAUCAGUCAUUGGACACAGAAUAUUUGUCGUCAGAGCAGCUAAGAAUUCCCUUCAAAUUCACUGCUGAGCAGCAUGAGCAAGCAAUGCAACCUGAUGUGCAGCAAGUGACAAGGUUGGUGACCAUGGAGUCAAAGGCAGCUGCUGUAGCAGACCAAGCAGUGUCAUCAGAUUCAUUUGUACCUUUUCAUGCAUUGCCUGAAAAGUCAAUGUCAGUGGUUUUCACUGAUGAUGAAGAGAAACAAAAUAUUCCAUCAUCUUUAUCAGGCAUAGUAGGCAUGCUUGGAAAGCGAUCAAACAUCGUUUCAAGCAGUUAUAAUGAAGGAAAGGAUAGACAUGAAAUGCAACCAUAUUUUACAGAGCAAAAAUGCACACCCUCAGAGCAACCAGAAGCUAUUUCAUCAGAUCUUAUUUAUGAAACUGUGACACACAAACCUCAGCAUUAUUCUGGUGAAGGGGGCAGCCUUUCUUCAGCAGAGUCAAAGUCCAUUUGCUGCAUUUCUUCUGAUGAAAAGCAGAAUCCAGAUAUUCCAUCUUCUUUUGGGCUAGCUAGCUGGCUGGCAGAAGAGGUGAAAGCUCGCUCAGUUACUCCAAUAAGAGCUACAGAUGUAGACAAGCAAGGAAUUCAGCUUUCUCCAAAUGAAGCUUCUGAUUUUGGAGCAAAACAAUUCCCAGCUGGAAGUUGCAAAGAACUUACAGUUCAUAGAACUUUAAAGAAUAAACCAGGUAUAUUUGGAGUUUCUGAUGUAGUAUCAAGUGAAAUUUCCUACAGAUUGUCCUCAGAAACUAGUCACAGAAUUCAAAGGCAUGAUUUACAAUCUUUGGGAAGAGAUAAUCCAGGUCCAGAAAAAGUUCCAAAGAAUGAAACUAGCAUUGGAAACCCUACAAAAAUGGAAGCAACGCAACAGCCAGGUGUAGACAAAGUACCUGAACAUCACCCAAGAGGAAAAGAGGAAGAAAUAGAGCAUGUGAGAGCUGUAGAAGAUAGUCAACAUGCUCCAGAACCUACUGAACAAAAAGAUCUAUUUAAUAUAAUUUCAGAAGGUUAUGAAAUCCUGAAUAUUCACGCUCCUACACAUAUUUAUUCUGUGGAUCAAGAAGAAAGUAAACACAUGCCAGAUAAACUGGAAUACCUGGAAACAAAUCCUUCCUUUAAGAGAAAAUUAGCAGAUGAUGGUCAUAGAGCCUUAGCUUCUGGAACAACCAUUGAAAUUUCAGAAAGCUCAGUGCUGGAAAACCCUGGAAAUCAUGAACUAAAAGAAUUAGUCAAAGAUACUGCUGCUGUGGAAACUGGAGAAACAGAAAAGGAAAAGUCGGUGUUGCCAGAAAAUAAUGAUGACACAGUGUUGGACCCUAAUAAUGGCAUGGCUGAUAUGGAUUAUUUUGAAAAAUAUACCUUGAUUGAUGACAAAUCUCCAAUUAAGCCAACUUUUGAAAGACCAAGUUCAUUGGUUUCUAUGACAGCAAAUCCUAAGGAACCUGUGGAAGAAGCCCCAUCUUUUAAAGAAAGCUCUGAGGUAAAUACUUUGGAAGAGGAGUUUUCCUUGCUUGAGGAUCUGGAUGAAGUCUUUUACGGUACCGUAAAAGGAGAAAGCAUGGAAUCCUGUGCAAGUGUUUCAAAACUUUUUCCUGUACAAAAAUCAAUUGACAUUAGCAGUAAAAAAGUUAUGAAUGUAGAAGAUGAACAGAAGUCACCAGGGACCCCGCUGUUUGAUUCAGAAGAAGGAGUGUUAGAACGAUCUCUAUUAUUUCCUACCACUGUUGCUGCAAUUAAUCCAGAGCUUCUAGAGGAGCCACCUGCUCUGUCAUUUUUAUACAAGGACCUCUAUGCAGAAGCAGUGGGAGCAAAGACAAAGGAGGAGACUCCUUCUGAUGAGGAAAGUGGUAAUUCUAAUGCAUCAUUUCCUAGUAGAAAUUCAGACACAGAUGAUGGAACGGGAAUAUAUUUUGAAAAAUACAUUCUUAAAGAUGAAAUUCCUGGUAAGGCUGUAGGCCAUCCUCAGAAGGAUCAGAUACCAGAAGAUCAGCCUGUUAGUGGAGAUAUUUCAGUUCAGAGCUCAAGGGAGAAACACAAGCAGUGGUCUAGUGAUGUUUCAGUUGUCAGAACUAAGGUUCUUCCAGAAAGGGCGGUUGUGGAGAGAGAGAAAGUCCAGGUCGAUAGUGACAUUAAAGCAACAAUAUGUAAACCAAUGCAUGCCAUUCCUUUUGGAAGCAAAGUAAAUCUUUCAAGUGCAAGAAGUGCUACCAGUGAACAAAGAGAAGAAGAAAACUUACCUGUAGAAACAACUGAAGAAUUACCAGAGCAAACAAGUCACCCAGAGUGUAGGCAAAGAAUGGAUUAUCAGGGAGCUGCACCUCAAGAAGCAGCCAAUAAGCAGGAAGAACAACAUGAAAUAGCGGCAGUUCAUCAAAUGGAAAAAUAUAUCCCAUAUGUCAGGACACCAGUUGAAGAUAGUGAAGACAAUCAAUAUGCCCAGGCAUAUCUUUCACAUGUCCCAACCAUUCAGCCAACAGAGAAGCCAGAUGUGCAAAGAGAGGAGCAGCGCCCUGAUAUUUGUGAAGAUCUCACUGAGGCAAUGGACUAUGAUGUGAUUACACAAGAAGAACUUCUACAAGAUGAAAUGUCCUCUGAACUGACACAUGAGGAGCUGUUAUUUGAAGAUAGGGACUCUUUUGAGCAUAUUGGUGAGAGUUAUGAAUUCGUAGAUGAGCCAGAGCAAAGAACACCUGUUGAACUUGAAGAUUCAGGCUUUGUGGUGAUGUAUCCUGAAAAGUCAUCGACAAACAUACCUCAAGUUGAGAGUCCACAAAGAGAAUCGAAGAAAGCGCAAAUAGAUACAUAUUGUUACCACUGCAAGUACCCGAUAUCUGCUAUUGAUAAGCUUUUUGGAGAACAUAAAGACCAUGAAGUCUCAACACUAGAUGCUGCUGCAAGCAAGAUGAAGGAUCAGUUAGAUGAAUUGCUAAUAGCAUUGGAAGAAAAGUCAAUGAAGAUUGAAGGGUUCGUGAGUGAAAUUGAAUCUCUAUUUAACUCUGUUGAGGAAAACUGUAAGCAAAAUGCAGAGUUAUUGGAAAAGCAGAAUGAAGACAUGAUAAAGAAAGUGGUUGCGCAAUAUGAUGAGAAAUCAGAGAACUUGGAGGAAGUGAAAAAGAUGAAAAUGGAAUACCUGUAUGAACAGAUGGUUAAUUUUCAACAAACUAUUGAUUCAGCAAAGGAAACCUUGGAGACGACAGUAAAGGAAAUGGAAGAACUUGAUGGAUUUGUUUUCCUAAACUCAUCUAAAGAAUUGAAUAAAAGGUUACUUUCCGCAAUGGAUACUACUCUGUCUUUAGAAAAGGUGCCCAGUGCAUUUUCACUUUUUGAACACUAUGCAGACAGUCCAGGAAAAAGCAACCAGCACUCCUUAAAUCAUGUGGCUGUUCCGCAGACACCAAUUCUGAUAGCUCAGGAACCAAACUCAGCCACAAGUACCUCCAUCGCGGUCUACUGGACUGUGAGCGAAGGGGAUGCCAUCGACUGCUUCCAGGUCUAUUGUAUGGAGGAACCUCAAGCUAACAAAGACCAAAGUGCUUUGGUGGAAGAGUACAGAGUGACGGUGAAGGAGAGCCACUGCAUUUUGGAGGACCUGGAGCCAGAUCGCUGUUAUAGUGUGUGGGUCAUGGCUGUGAACUGCACAGGAUGUAGCUUACCCAGUGAAAAAGCCAUUUUUAAAACAGCACCCGCAGCCCCCGUGAUAAGGGCAGAGGACUGCACCGUGUGCUGGGACACGGCCACCGUCCGCUGGCGCGCCGGCUCGCAGGCACCCGAGUCCUUCACCCUGGAGUACUGCCGACAGUAUUCGCCCGAAGGCGAGGGCCUCAGAUCUUUUGCUGGAAUAAAGAAGCCUGAAUUGAAAGUAUCCCUGGAGCCCAACGUGAACUAUUUCUUCUACUUGAGGGCUGUCAACGCAUCUGGGACAAGUGAACAGAGUGAAGCUGCCCUCAUCUCAACUAAAGGAACUAGAUUUCAUGUACUGAAUGGCACAGCUCAUCCCGCUUUGCAAAUCUCCUCUGAUGGCACCGUGAUACGCCUUCCCGAGAAGGCCCGAUUCACUGGAUUUCCUUCAGUUCUGGGUGAACUGCUGCCUGCUCGGGGCCGUCACUACUGGGAAACCGUUGUCUCUGCCUGCAGAAACUACAGGAUUGGAAUUUGCUAUGAGGCUACCUCACAGAGCAAUGUCCUGGGGCUGAAUGAUACUUCUUGGUGCAUGCACUGCUGUCCUACACAAACCAGUUUUCUUUACAGAUUUCUUCACACCAGUGUAAUGAGCGACGUCCGGGUGACAGAACAGCCAGCCAGGAUUGGCAUCCUGUUGGAUUAUAGCCGUGGCAGACUGUUAUUCUUCAAUGCAGAGAGAGGACUGGUGUUGUUCGCUAUCAGGCACAAAUUUACGGAUGCUGCUCACCCGGCCUUUGCUCUGGAGAAGGCUGGAGUACUUACCCUGCGCACAGGAAUGGAGCUGCCCGAGUUUGUGAAGCACAGCUAAUCCUCAGACUCUUGGCAACACCGACAAUCACAGUAUUAAGGGCAGGGAGGGGAAGAGGGUGUCAGAGAGAGACGUCUAGUUUUCACUAAUGAGCACUAUGCGCACAGCUCCCCCCCCGCACAGUGUCAGUAAUUGUAAUUAGUGCCCAGCCACAUAAUCACCCUGAGCCUGGAGAGAAGAUCGACUCCUUUGGAUGGAGUGCACACCUCAUGAUAUACACAGAAAUACUUAAGAGGAAAAAAAGGUUUGUUAGAUCUGAAAAUUCAGAGGGGGGGAAAUGUACUUUUCCUGUGAAAAAAAUGACAGUACUAGCUGUCUUUUUUAAGUUGAUGAUGAGCCUGUGUAUGAAAUAAAUGCAUCUCUCACUGCAA